AUGGUCAACCCUACCUGCUGUUGUUGUUUUAGCUUGAGGACUGCAUCCUUGCUGCAAAUAGUCGCUAAUAUCAUUGUCAAUAUCUUUUCUUUGUUUGCCAAUCUAAACAGAGCCCGGGUUGCUUUUAACAAUGGAGACUUUCAAUUUUCUACUCUCCGCAUCAUGCCGUUCGUCUGCCUUGCGAUGUUGAUUCUUGGCUUUAUGGGAGCAUGGAAGCGCAAAGCAAACUAUAUUCGGAUAAGUGCCCUAUACGAGUUAGCUAUGUUCAUCUAUCACACCGGAGAACUGCUUUAUGAUUUCAUGACAACUACUGUGGGAGAUAUUUGCAAAGAACAAUUCGCAAACAGGCAUUCUCCUACUGAUACCGAAAGCGUGGAAGAGUUUUGUAAUUCACCCUUAUUCUUUUACCUUUUUAUCCUUGUCUUUGUAUGCAUGAUGGGACCUUUUGUUAUACUCGAUUUGAUGUUGGUGAUCACACUCUACCGAUACGCGCUGUUCAUUACCAACCAAGAAUAUCAUGAGCAACAGCGAUACGCUUUACCGAACGAAAAAUCAGAAGGUGUAAGCUCCGCACCAUUGACAACCAGGAUCUUUCUACGCAAGAGAGCACACCAAUCUAUAGCUGAUAAUCAAGAAAACAUCCCUACGGUUUAG